AUGCUGAAGUCGGUGAUCGACAAGGAGGUCUGGCCGCAGACCGGGCAGUUCGAGCUGGGCCUGUGCUACGAGCCCGGGGACAUGGGCAAGCUGCCAGGCAUGGAGAAGAGCUCGCAGAUGCACGCGUGGCUGAAAAACGCCCUGGCGCAGGUCAAGGUGGACGCGGCGAUCAAGGGCAUCUUGUCCGUGAUGCUGACGUGCGGCUCCAUGCUGGCUCUUGACAGCGUCAUGCCGGAACUCGAGGUGCAGAAGCUGAGCACUUGUACACCAGAGGUUUGGAAGCAGUGCCGCAAGCAGCUGAAGGCCAAGCUGAAGGAGAAGGGCUCGAGCGCGACUCUGGAUUGGCUUCCAGAGGAGGCGCCCCGCUCGGCCGUGCUCGGCAAGGCUGCGAAGGCG